UGCGCCAACGUUCGUUCUUUAUUCCGAUUCAGCCUUCAAGUACUCGUACUUCCCACGCUCGCUUACCGCAUCUUCAGUAUAUCUGUAUUAAUCCUGCAAUCGAACCGCUAUCUACAAUCUUCGAAUAAUACCCAAACCCAAACCAAAAUCAAGAUGAAGUACUCCGCCGUUCUCCUCUUCGCCAUUGGCGCCUUCGCUCUUCCCCAGGACGCGUCUGUUACCAGUGCCCCAGCGGCUGCCGCCAUUCCCAGCGGCCUCUCUCCCGCUAUCAGCUGUGCCAUGGACUGCGAUGCCGGCGAUGUGAACUGCCAGGCUGCAUGCUUGGGCAACGCUCGCCCCAACGCCUCCCAGGCUAUUGCAACCAACGAAUGUGCCGCCAAGUGCGACCAGGGCGAUGGCUCUACCUCCGACUCCAUUGCCUACGCCAAGUGCGUAGACAGCUGCAUCAACAGCCUUUUCCCUAGCAGCCAGACCGCUUUCGCCCCUGGUGCUGCAGGUGGCGCUGUUGCUUCCGGCUCUGCUGCUGGUUCUGCUGCUGCAGGUGCCUCUGCUUCUGCUACCGGCUCUGCCAACCCCACUGCUACCUCAGGAGACUCUGCUUCUGCCUCUGGAACCGAAUCUGGCUCCGGAGCUGGUGCCGCCUCCACUGGUGCCGCCGACAAGGCUUCAGCUCGUAUUGCUGGUGCCGGUCUCGCCGGUCUUUUGGCCAUCUUCGCCUUGUAGAGUUCUCAUCGACAAGUUGGAACUGACUAGGAGUUGAUUAUUUGGUGGGAAAUGAGAUAGGAGUUGAUGAGGAGUCAAGACAAACGGAAAAUGGCUAUAUCAUGGUUGGAUGUUGAACUUCUGGUGCGCGGAAGACAGCAGCCUAUGGUGAUACGAUCUGUUUGGCGGCAAAAUUCAGACAAUGUGCAGAACAAUUCAAUCAUACUGCUGUUCUAACGAAUGUACAUGACCUAUUGUCGCAUGAGUUUGUGAAAGACGUGAGCUACCGUUGCGCGUUGC